GUGAAGACUGGUUGCACAGAAGAGGUAAAGAGAGUCUAAACUGAUGUAACAGUAACAAGCUGUUGUAAUCUUUGGAAGGACGUCUGCAUCUUGGAUGAGGAAACCAUGUUAACUACUACCUUGCUGCUUGGAGUAACACUGUGGUCGUGGCUAGUUCAAUCAGUGCAUGGCGGUGCAGGAAACAAAUGGACAUAUGUCGAUAACACAUUAGGACCGGAAAACUGGUAUACGGUUUUUCCGUUUUGUGGAGGUCAACAACAGUCUCCAAUCGAAGUUAUAUCUGAGCUGGUGGUACCAGGCCAUGAUCUGGUCGACUUCAACCUCAGUGAGCUAAAUAACACAAAAGGCGUGACGAUGAUUAUUGCGAAUGUUGGCGGACAUACAGUUCAAGUUGCCCUCGGUGGCAAACCUAUUUACAUUACUGGAGGAGGUUUAGGGGGACGAUUCAGGGUGGAACAGUUUCACUUUCACUGGGGGAACAAGAAUGAGCGAGGUUCAGAACACGCUAUUGAUGGACUUUUUUACCCUAUGGAGAUGCACAUCGUUCUAUAUAAUGACAUGCAUCCCAAUUUCACUUCGGCCGUGCACGAGACAAAGGGUCUUGCUGUACUUGCAUUCUUUUUCAAGGUUGGCCAAGUAAACAAAGGCAUGUUCAAAAUUCUGCGUCACUUUUCGAGCAUCAAGUUCAGUGGUGCAAAUAAGCCAAUUGUAGCGUUUCCUAUAGCAGCUUUGUUACCGAAGAAGAUCAAUUCCUGGUUCAGAUAUGACGGCAGUCUGACCACACCCCCUUGCUCGGAAUCGGUCAGGUGGACUUUAUUCAAAGAUGAAAUCAGCAUUUCACACUCGCAGAUGAAGGCAUUUCGGAAGCUCUUGAGAAACAUCCAAGGACAACAAAACAUGAUUCUAGUUGAUAACUACAGGCCACUGCAGGAACUAAACAAACGUAAAGUUUACACCAAUCUUAAAUUUCAAUCAGUUGGCAAUAAAAAUUCAAAUCAGCUCGAGUGAUACUCAACAAAGCUGGAUAGCUGCUGGUGGUAUCAUGUGAAUGUGUUUUAUACGGCACCACAGUCCGUUACCGCGAACAGUCUAUAUCAAUGACUUAACUGCAAUGCUUUGUGACAGCAGAGUUCACAAAAUUGAUGGUGAUUUUUGUUGCAUUAAAUUUUGUUUUGUC